AACGUAAAUAGACUGCAUCGUGUCUACUAUGCUUUCUAAUUUUGUGAACUAACAUGGUAUUCGCAUCUAUUGUAGAGUACGUCACGUGACCUCCAUAGAGGGCCUGCUGAGUGUUUUCAGUACAGGGAGAGAGAGGAAGAAAAAUGGCGACUGUAGGCGACCCAGAGCGGGACGCCGGCCAUUCGGUUUGAGCUUUUUCCCGUUAAUUUAGACCGGGGAUAUCCGGGACUCCUGCAGACUUAACAAAGCAAGCUAGUCUUUUGGAAGCGGUCUGAUUUGUCUGAAUUGCGUGGGCUGGUGGCGUACGAAAACUGAAAACAGAAAUAAUACAUUCUAAGCUAGCUUGCUAUAAUGAGAGGGAGAAGAGGCAGGCCGCCUAAACAGGCACUGAUGGGGGAGCCAUCCCCCGUGCCAGUCCGCGGUUUUAGAGCCAGGCGGGGAAUGCGUGGAAGAGGUCGAGGAACAUCAGAUAUUGCAGGAAUUACUUCCAGGAGGGGAAAUUAUCAUUCGUCGAGAGGCAGAAAAAAAUUUGGAGCUACAUCGAGGGGUAGAGGAAGAGGCAGGGGCUCGAGAGGUGGCCGUGGAAGCAGAGGGAGACGGCCAGCCAGCAAGAUUGUGUACGAUGACCAUGAGAGUGAUGAGGAGGAUGCCGUGAGUUUGAGAUCGGACGAUGAUGAGUUUUUACGGGAAAACCCUCUGUCGGACGACGACGGGGCCUUUGAUGAUGGCUCCGAUUAUCAGGAGGAAAUACCAGACGAAGAUGAUGCUAGUUACUGCACGGAGAGCAGUUUUAGGAGUCAUAGUACCCACGGUAGCACUCCAGGUCGCAGGAGAGCGCGCGUCCGCCGCCCUCGAUCGCCCAUCUUCGAGGAGAAGGAAAUCCCCCUGCUGGACCUCCCCAAGUCGUCGGACGACCUGAUGAUCCCUCCCGGGCAGGUCCUGAACGCGGCGGCCGUCUACGAGGUCCUCCGCAACUUCCGCGCGGUGCUGCGUCUGUCGCCGUUCCGCUUCGAGGACUUCUGCGCCGCCCUGGCGGGACAGGAGCAGUGCACGCUGAUCGCCGAGACGCACAUCUCCCUGCUCAAGGCCAUCCUGCGCGAGGAGGACUCGUCCAACACCACCUUCGGCCCCGCCGACCUCAAGGACAGCGUCAACUCCACGCUCUACUUCAUCGACGGCAUGACGUGGCCCGAGGUGGUGCGCGCCUACUGCGAGAGCGACCCCGAGUACCAGCACGUCCUGCCCGUGCAGGAGGGCGAGGAGUACCCCUUCGAGCCGCUGGAGUCCAAGGUGAAGGUGCUCCAGUUCCUGGUGGACCAGUUUCUGACCACCAACCUGGCCCGCGAGGAGCUCAUGUCCGAGGGGGUGGUGCAGUACGACGACCACUGCCGCGUGUGCCACCGGCUGGGCGACCUGCUCUGCUGCGAGACCUGCUCGGCCGUCUACCACCUGGAGUGCGUCAAGCCGCCGCUGGUGGAGGUGCCCGAGGACGAGUGGCAGUGUGAGGUGUGCGUGGCACACCAGGUGCCCGGCGGCGACAGCGUCACCGAGGCGCAGAAGAGCCGGCCGUACAUCCGCCAGGAGCCCGUCGGCUAUGACCGGCACCGCAGGAAGUACUGGUUCCUCCAUCGCCGCAUUGUCAUAGAGGAAGACGGCGAGCACGAGGACAAGACCAUCUGGUACUACAGCACGCGGGUGCAGCUGGCCGAGCUGAUGGAGUCUUUGGACAAGAGCUACUGGGAGGGCGAGCUGCACGCCGCGCUGGAGGAGAUGUGCCCGGAGAUCCACACCCACAUGGACAUCACCGAGGACCUGACCAACAAGGCCCGCGGCAACAACAAGGCGUACCUCACUGCUGCCAACGAGGAGAUUCUGGACCGUCUCAAGGCCCGACAGGAGGAGGAGGAGAAGCGACGGAACGCUGCGGAGGAAGAGAGGAACAGGAAGGACGAAAAACUUGAGGAGCAGCCCGACGAGUCGCUACAAGGCGAGCUCUCCUCAGGACUCUCGGGCACGGAGGAGGCCAACCCAGAAGCAGAGUCCCCCUCUGCUGGUCAGGAGGCCAGUGGCAGCCUCGAGGCCCUGAAGCCCGACUCCCCCUCUGCGGACCCAUCCUUACCCUCCACAAGGGCCCCGAGCCCUGCGGUAGAGGCCCCUGAGGGGCCCCCUGCUGCGGGAGACUUGGGGGACGAGGGCCCAGAAAGCAUGGAGGAGGUGCCAGAGUCAGCAGACAAGGCUUCGGAGUCAGAGUCCGGCUCUCGGCCAGGAGAGGGGGGGUCCCCGGCCGGUGGCCAGCCCCCCCACGCGGUCGACGAGAACAGCAACAGCAGUCAGUUCUCCACCUCCGGGGGCUCGAGGGGCCACGAGGAGCCUGACGCAGCCGACAAGUCCCUCCAGGACGCCACAGCGGAGGGGAAGGACAAGGCGAACGGCGAGGCAGGCGGACCGGUGAGGCGCCCCCCCACGCGCAUGGUGACGCGACUGAGGAACCCCGAGAGCAAGCUGAGCCAGCUGAAGAGCCAACAGGCGGCGGCCGCCGUCCACGAGUCGAAUAAGAUCUACAAGGAUGGCAAGGAGGUGCUGGUGCUGACCCCUGGUGGCGACCUCUCCCGGCUGAGCACGCGCAGCUCCACCGGCGGCGUGGCCUCGGGCCGGGACCUGGUGGUGAAGGGCACGCUGGGCCACUUCUUCAAGCUGGGCCAGGAGGGCAAGUACCGCGUCUACCACAACCAGUUCAGCAACAACACGCUGGCGCUCAACAAGCCGCAGCACCGCGAGGAUCAGGACAAGCGGCGCCACCUGGCGCACAAGUUCUGCAUGACGCCCGCCGGCGAGUUCAAGUGGAACGGCGCGGUGCACGGCUCCAAGGUGCUGACGGUGUCCACGCUGCGCCUCACCAUCAUCCAGCUGGAGAACAACGUCCCCGCGCCCUUCCUCCACCCCAACUGGGCAUCACACAGGUCGAACUGGUGCAAGGCGGUGCAGAUGUGCAGUAAGGCGCGGGAGUUCGCCCUGGCUCUGGCCAUCCUGGAGUGUGCCAUCAAACCCGUGGCCAUGCUGCCCAUGUGGAAGGAUGCCCUGGGCCACACUAGGUUACACCGUAUGACCUCCAUGGAGCGCGAGGAGAAGGAGAAGGUCAAGAAGAGGGAGAAGAAGCUGGAGGAUGAGGAGACCAUGCAGCAGGCCACCUGGGUCAAGUACACCUUCCCCAUUAAGCACCAGGUCUGGAAGCAGAAGGGUGAGGAGUACCGAGUGACCGGGUACGGAGGCUGGAGCUGGAUCAGCUGGACGCACGUUCAUCGUUUCGUCACACGCUUACCGGGCAACACCAACGCCAACUACCGGAAGGACCUAGAGGCUGCCAAGAAUGGCAGCGCUACCAGCACAGCGUCAGACGCAGACGUGAAAAAGAGCGAAGCUUUAGAAACCCCCAGCCCUGCUCCUGAUGUCACUGAGGUUCCCUCUGUCAAAGGCCCUGAGAAAGAGUCAGAGCCAGAGCUCUCCACAGACGGGACGAAGAGCAGCGACGCCGAGGAGAAGAUGGAGACCGAGGAGGGAACUCCGAAAGGGAAGUCGGAGGGUGCCAGCCUCUCGCCUCCACCUUCUGAAGCGGACACCCUGAAGCAGGAGGAGGACAUGGAGGAGGGCGAAGACGGUGCUGCCAAGGCCGCAGUCCAAGAACAGCAGCAGCGGCCCUUCAACUACGACGUGGUGAACGUGAGCCAGGGCUUCCUGCUGCGCACGGCCUACAAGAAGGUGGUGAAGGCCUCCAAGCUGGACGGGUUCCUGGAGCGCCGCGUGAAGCAGCACCUGCUGGAGGAGAGGCAGCGGCAGGAGCGACGGAAGCAGGCCAGCCUCACCCUCAAGGCCGAACCGACCUCAACCUCAACUCCAGCGCCGACCCCAACGACCCCAAUCCCCCUAAUCCCCACACUCCAAAUAAAGACUGAAGUCAAGCCCACCAUCACAGAACCAGUGGUUAAGACAGACCCAAUGAGGACUGAAGGAAGUGGACUAGAGGCCUCUGGUACGACUGGCAGCAGUAAGCUGGAGAACCAAACACUCAGUCAGGGGGAGGAGAAGGGUGCCCUCCCCCCGAGGACUAAUCCAUUAGGGCCCCUUGGGCCUCUAUCACAACCAGCAGACACAACCUCAGACUCCACCAGCACUGGGCAGCCUGGCACGUCAACCCCCUCACUCGCACGGGUCACUACUGAGCAACAGCAGACGCAAAAUCUGGUGGCACCAAUCAGUGCACCCAGCAGCACAAGCCAGGCGACCCCACCACCCGGAGGAGCUUCAGCCGAUGGCAGCGGCCUCCAGCAAGGAAUGGCACCGGACGAACCCAAGCCAGCCUCCGGGUCCGUGGAAGUCACAGAGGAAAACGGUAAAAGCCACAAGCUAGAGACUUCCGGGCAGAGUGUGAAAGAGCGCAACUCCGCGGACACCGACGCUCCCGUUCCUUCGGCUUUGAGGAUAAACGGGAGAGACGCCGACAUGGAGACCGAAUUGGUGUCAAAUUCUUUGGCCAAGAACCAGCCGUCGACACUGUCGAACUGUACGGAGGCUAAAGUGAACAGCUUGUGCCCAGCGGGGGAGGGGAAGUUGCCACUGAAAGACCCUCUCAGGCCACUUCUGAACGGGGACACGGCCCCUGAUGGGGAGGCAGAGAGGACACCCACCCACGCUUCACUUCAAGUCUCCCCACCUCCAAGUGUUUCGAGGGAAGACUCUGGUGACAUGCCCCCCCUAAAGAUUCCCAAGCUGAGCAACAGUUUACAGGACUCUGCCCCGACUCUAGUGACGUCCACGGAGCACAACAGUACAGACACUGAACGCCUGAAGUCGGAGGUCAUGACCCCUAAGACCAUCGGCCCGACCCCAUCUGCGGCGGACUCGAGCCUAAGCAGUGUCUGUGCUGAGGGCAGUGGCGCCGGAGGUUCCGCCGACAGCACAGUCGUGACCCAAGUGACGACCACCACCACGACAACCACCGUCUCCACGGAGUCUCGGAUGGUGCGCCUGGCGACGGCAGCACCAGGGUCUGUGGCUGUGGUGUCGUCGACGGAGAAAAGUGCCGUCUCCACGCUGUCGACCAGCACCAAAACCAUGCUGACGCAAGUCUCCUCGUCCGCCACGCGUGGCCAGACUGAUAGCCUCUCUGUCAGCCAGGAGCGCACCACCAGAACCACCUCAUCAUCCUCCUCUUCCUCCACCCUCAAGGGCUCUUCUGUCUCUGUGACGACCACCAGCCACGAACACUCCACACGGGAGCGUGUGCGGCUGCUCAAGUUCUCGCGCACCAAGAAGGCCCGCUCGGGCACGGCGCUGCCGUCCUACCGCAAGUUUGUUACCAAGAGCUGCAAGAAGAGCAUCUUCGUGCUGCCCAACGACGACCUGUACAAGCUGGGGCGCCGAGCGGGCAUCCGCGAGGUGUCCAUCUUCAGCUACAACGCCAAGCCUGCCCUGGACAUCUGGCCCUACCCCUCCCCCAGACCUACAUAUGGCAUCACCUGGAGGUAUCGGCUGCAGACGGUGAAGUCUCUGGCUGGGGUCAGCCUGAUGCUGAGGCUGCUGUGGGCCUGUCUGCGCUGGGACGACAUGGGCAUCAAACCUUCCUCUAACGCCGGAACCACCCGCACAGAAACCUCGGAGACGGAAAUAACUACCACAGAGAUCAUCAAGCGCAGAGACGUUGGUCCUUAUGGCAUUCGGUCAGAAUACUGCAUCAGGAAGAUCAUCUGUCCUAUCGGUGUCCCAGAAACACCCAAAGAGACCCCCACUCCCCAGAGGAAGGGCCUCCGCUCUAGCGCACUCCGGCCCAAGAAACCCGAGCCCACCAAGCAGACGGGGCCCACCGUCAUCGAGACGUGGGUCGCCGAGGAGGAGCUGGACCUGUGGGAGAUCCGGGCCUUCGCAGAGAGGGUGGAGAAGGAGAAGGUCCAGGCUGCCGAGCAGGCUAAGGUUAGUGCAAGGAGGAAGGCUUUGGAGCUCAAGGCCCGAUUGGAGGUUCGGGUAAACCUGGAAAGAGUGGAUGUCGAGCAGAAACGUCUGGAGCUUCAGAAGGGUGGCGGCAGCGUUGGCAACACGAGCACAACCACUGGCAGCCCGUCCACCCCGGUCUCCACCACCACCAAGGUCAUGGUCGGCUCCCUCACCAGCCAGGUCACCCCGGGAACCAAAGUGGUUCUGGCCACCAAGAUGGGCACUCCUGUGACAUUCCAGCCGAACAAGAACUUCCAGCAGACCUUCGCCACCUGGGUCAAACAGGGUCAGACCGGUCAGCAGCCAGCUACCCCCGGCACCGUCACCACGGUGGCGACCACAUCUGGGCAGACGUUCCAGAUCACUGGCACGCCGGUUUCCAUGGCUGGCAAAGUCAUCACUGCCAAGCUGCCACUGCCUGCCAAUAGCAAGAUCGUCACCUUAAAUGUGCCAACCACUGAAGGAGGCAUGAUCCAGCAGAAGGUCCUGGGAAUCAUUCCAUCCAGCGCCGCCGGCAACCAGCAAACCUUCACGUCAUUCCAGCCGCGGACCACCACCAUCAACAUAAGGCCCAACACGCCAGGCUCGCCCGGCCAGCAGCAGGUGAUCGCCACCUCAGGUGGGCAAAUUCGGUCGGGCAUGACUGUGAUCCGUACGCCCAUCCAACAGGGCAGCGCUUUGGGCAAGACCAUCCUGCGCACGCCCCUGAUGAUGCAACAAGGCCAGACACAGCAAGUGGUCACUCAGAUCAUCCACGGCCAGCCCGUCUCCACCACCAUCUCCAGUGCCAGUCCUGUGGCCACUACCACUGGGCAGCGGGUGCUGGGGGCCUCCCCAGGGCAGCCCGUGGCGCCCCAGACCCCUCCAGGCUCACGCACCCCGCAGGGGCAGGUCAAGCUCACCCUGGCCCAGCUCACGCAACUCACCCAGGGGGCACAGCAAAAGCAGCAAGGAGCAGCUGUGGAGAGGCCCCAGCAGGCCGGUGCUCAGGGCCUGACGGUGGUGGUCCAGGGCCAGGGUCAGACCACGGGGCAGCUGCAGGUCAUCCCCCAGGGCGUGACGGUGAUCCCCCGGCCCGGCCAGCAGCUCAUGCAGGCGGCGCUGCCCAACGGCCAGGUGCAACGCUUCCUCUUCACCCCAGUUCCGACCACCGCCACCCCCGCCACGCCAGCUCAGGGCCAGCAGCAGCUCACUGUGCCCACCCAGCCUCACCUCCAGCCGGCCGCCCAGUCUUCCCCGGCCCAGGCGGCCGCCCCCAUCCAAGCCGGCGCCCUCACGCCCCGCACCCCUCCCACCACCCCCCAGGCCCAGAUCCCCCCGCACCCGCAGGCCCAGAUGCCCAUCCAGUCGCCCACGCCGCUGCAGGUCAAAGCCCUGGUGGGCCAGCCGGGCGCCGUCCUCAAGCAGCAGCAGCAGCAGCAGGGCGGCCCGGUGCAGCAGACCGCCUCCCAACAGGUGCGGCCGCCGCUCCAGCUCCACGCCCAGCAGCUCAUCACCGUCCCGGGUCUCCAGAUCCAGCUGCAGGCGCAGCAGGGCGGCCCCGGGGGCCAGCAGAUCAAGCUGCAGCUGCCCAUCCAGAUCCAGCAGCAGCAGCAGCAGCAGCCGGUGCCCGCGGGCCAGGGGGUCCAGCAGCAGGGGCAGGGGCAGGGGCAGCAGGGCGCGGCGGCGGCGGCAGGGGGGCAGCAGAUCCAGAACGUGGUCACCAUCCAGACGGCCAGCGUGCAGGAGCAGCUGCGACGCAUCCAGCAGCUGCGGGAGCAGCAGCAGCAGAAGAAGCGGCAGACGCAGGAGGCCCGGCGAGAGCAGCAGCAGCAGGCUAGCAGCCAGAGCCAGCUCAUCCAGAAACAGGUGGUGAUGAAGCAGAAUGCGGUCAUCGAGCACCUGAAGCAGAAGAAGACCAUGUCCCCGGCCGAGCGCGAGGAGAACCAGAGGAUGAUCGUGUGCAACCAGGUGAUGAAGUACAUCCUGGACAAGAUCGACAAAGCCGAUCGGCAGGCGGCCAAGAAGCGCAAGCGCGACGAGUCGGUGGAGCAGAAACGCAGCAAGCAGAACGCCUCCAAACUCUCGGCACUGCUCUUCAAGCACAAGGAGCAGCUCAAGGCCGAGAUCCUCAAGAAGAGAGCCCUGCUGGACAAGGAGCUGCAGCUGGAGGUGCAGGAGGAGCUGAAGAGGGACCUGAGCAAGCUGCGGCGGGACAAGGAACGGGCCCAGGCUGCCGCCUCCCAGGCUGCGGCUGCUCCCGCGCCCAUUCCGCCCAUUCCACCCCGGCCAUCUCCCUGCCCGGCCCCGGCCCCGGUCAAGCGCAAGCGGGACGAGGAGCGCGCCGACGCCCCCUCGGCCAAGUCCAAGAAGAAGAAGAUGAUCUCCACUACCUCAAAGGCCUCCAACAAGGAUAUCAAGCUAUACUGCGUCUGCAAGACACCCUACGACGAGUCCAAGUUCUACAUCGGCUGUGACCUGUGCACGAACUGGUACCACGGUGCGUGUGUGGGCGUCACGGAGAAGGAGGCCCUGAAGAUGGACGACUACAUCUGUGCCGAGUGCAAACGGGCGCAGGAGGGCAGCACGGAAGAGCUGUACUGCAUCUGCCGCACGCCCUACGACGAAGCCCAGUUCUACAUCGGCUGCGACCGCUGCCAGAACUGGUACCACGGCCGCUGCGUGGGCAUCCUGCAGAGCGAGGCCACGCACAUCGACGUGUACGUGUGCCCGCAGUGCCAGUCCACGGAGGACGCCAUGACCGUGCUCACGCCGCUCACCGACAAGGACUACGAGGGCCUGCGACGAAUCCUGCGCUCCCUGCAGGCACACAAAAUGGCGUGGCCCUUCCUGGAGCCGGUGGAUCCCAACGACGCUCCAGAUUACUACGGCGUCAUAAAGGAGCCCAUGGACCUUUCCACGAUGGAGGAACGGUUGCAGAAGCGCUUCUAUGUCAAACUGACGGAGUUUGUGGCGGACAUGACCAAAAUCUUCGACAACUGUCGCUACUACAACCCCAGCGACUCGCCCUUCUACCAGUGCGCUGAGGUCCUGGAGAACUUCUUCGUUCAGAAACUCAAAGCAUUCAAAGCAAGCAGGUCUCAUAACAACAAGCUACAGUCAACAGCUUCUUAGAGUACACCGUCAAUAAGCUUUCAAAAAGAGAAAAUGAAAAGAUACCAAUAAAAAAAAACAAGAAUGUGGUCUGACAAGUCAAACCCAAUGGUGAAUCCAUAUUCUCUCCAGCGACCCCCCCCCACCCCCACCCCCUCCUCACAACACCGGCAUGCACACAAACACACACACACACACACUGCAGCAGGCCUUUUUUUCUGUUACACACAUAUACACACAUAGAUGGAAAGUUCCUCCCUCGGAAGUUCCCCGUCUGCGUUUUGGGUGGGCAGCGCUGUAGCGAGGAGAGAGGACCACGGUUCCGAUCCCGAGCAGUCGCCGGGUGUUCAACCACGGUGGCACCUGGACGUUCGACUCCAGUGGAAAAGGGAGAUCUGUCUGGUGUUUUUUUUUUUUUCUGUUUGUUUUUUUUUUUUUUCCCAGGCCACCGCUGUUUUUUUGU